AACCGGAAACAAGGCUAAGGCUGCCCAACAUGCCAGCGUUGGGCUUUAUUCAUAUAAGAAGCCGGCAGGCGCUGCGCACAGCGCAGCGCUACCCCGAUACAUUUCCACGCCUCAACAGAAAUGCCUACGUGCCCUUACCAGCGAACAUCUGUUACCGUUGCGGAAUCAUAACCACACGCACGAUCGUCCACGUCCGCGGUUACGUGGACGUGGCAUACAAUAAAUUUAAAAUACAAAGCAAGCGAGGCAUGAAUCAACUUUAUAAUAAUUGGUUAUGGCGCGAAAAUGGAAAAGAUGAGAACGAAGAGGAGGACGAUUUGUUCGAUCUGUUCGAUUUGCGAUAUCUCUUUGGAGAAGAGAGAGUUGAAGAAAUAGAGAUGGAAUGCGACUGGAAAUACGACAUGUUCGCGAAAAAUUUAGUAAAAUGGAUUGAUAUGAUUUACGAUAGAAAUUAAGAAUUAUAUUUUUAUAGAUUAGCU